CCCAUUAUAAAUUCCCAUGCAAUUCACAGCUCACACCCAAAACCACCUCUACUUCUUCUUCUUCUUCUUCUUCUCACUACCACCAUGGAAGCUGAUCCUAGGAAAGAACCCAAACUCGCCUCUUCUGAUCACCCUCUUCCACCUCCUCCACCACCCUCUUCAGCCUCUAUUAGAAAGAUUGUAAUGGUGGCCUCUAUAGCUGCGGGUAUCCAGUUUGGCUGGGCCUUGCAGCUCUCUCUUUUAACCCCUUACGUUCAGCUCCUUGGCAUUCCUCACACUUGGGCUGCUUUCAUUUGGCUCUGUGGACCUAUUUCAGGAAUGCUUGUCCAGCCUAUUGUAGGCUACCACAGUGAUCGUUGCACCUCCCGUUUUGGCCGUCGCCGCCCUUUUAUUGCUGCCGGUUCUUUCGCCGUUGCCGUGGCUGUUUUCCUUAUCGGCUAUGCUGCUGACCUUGGUCACCUCUCUGGUGACCCUAUUGCCAAGAGCCCCAAACCACGAGCUAUAGCUGUGUUUGUCGUCGGGUUCUGGAUUCUCGACGUCGCUAAUAACAUGCUCCAGGGUCCUUGCCGUGCUCUCCUGGCCGAUCUUUCUGGUUCUAAUCAGAAGAAGACACGUACAGCUAAUGCACUAUUCUCCUUCUUCAUGGCCGUUGGGAACGUUCUUGGCUUCGCCGCUGGUGCCUACACUCAUUUAUAUAAAAUUUUCCCAUUCACAAAGACCAAAGCUUGCGACGUUUAUUGUGCAAAUCUGAAAUCUUGUUUCUUUAUCUCCAUUUUCUUGCUUUUAACUCUCACGGUACUAGCUCUCACUUAUGUUCGCGAAAAGCAAUGGUCACCGGAACAGGGAAACGCCGCUGCCGGUGAUGCUGAGGAGGAGGAAGACGGGCCAUCUGAGUCGUCUCCGAUGCCGUUCUUCGGUGAGAUAUUUGCCGCUUUAAAGAAUCUGCAAAAACCCAUGUGGAUCCUUCUUCUGGUGACGUGCCUGAACUGGAUUGCAUGGUUUCCAUUCCUGUUGUUCGAUACUGAUUGGAUGGGGAGGGAGGUCUACGGCGGAGAUUCAAACGGAACAGCCGAACAGGUGAGGCUGUACGAUCACGGGGUGCGCGCCGGUGCACUGGGUCUGAUGCUUAACUCGGUGGUUUUGGGGUUCACCUCCCUAGGUGUGGAGGUCUUGGCGCGUGCGGUCGGAGGAGUUAAGAGAUUGUGGGGUAUAGUGAAUUUCAUUCUUGCAUUAUGUUUGUUCAUGACCAUCUUGAUCACCAAAAUGGCUGAAUCCAACAGAAGAUUCACCACCGUGAGAGGCGGAGCCACCGUUCCCUUGCCACCACCCGGUGGCGUCAAGGCUGGGGCACUGGCCCUUUUUGCCGUGAUGGGUGUACCUCAAGCUAUAACUUAUAGCAUUCCUUUUGCUUUGGCAUCAAUAUUUUGUAACACUGCUGGUGCUGGUCAAGGACUUUCUUUGGGAGUUCUAAAUCUUUCAAUAGUUAUACCACAGAUGCUGGUGUCAGUAGCAAGUGGACCAUGGGAUGCAUUAUUUGGAGGAGGUAAUCUGCCAGCUUUUGUGGUGGGGGCGAUUGCAGCCGCCGCCAGCGGAAUAUUCGCAUUCACAUUGCUCCCAUCUCCGCCGCCUGAUGUCCCCUCCGCCAAGGCUUCAAGAGCUGUCACCGCCGCCUUCCAUUGAUCUUGAUCACCUCCAUAAAUUAUAUACGCGGAUGGAUGUGAUCAUAUAGAUGUGCAUGAAGCUCUUUUUUUUCUUUUUUUUUUUUCAAUGUAGAAAAAACAAAGGCCAAAAUGGCCAUGUCUUCUGGUGGUUGGUGUUGUAAUAAUGGCCAAAAAUAGGUCAUUUUGAUGACAUCAAUGGCUGUACACAUCCAUGCUUCAUUUUCAAUGCAAAUUAUUAAUGUAAUAUAUUGUCAUCUUCAGUUAA